GUUCCCUCAAGUUCAGAGAAGGGUGAGCGCGGUAACCCCUUUGAGGAGACGUAUAUGACUCGCAAAUCAGACAGUAUAGCGGAGCGAGAAGUGCCUCCCGGUUCCAUGGCAGCUGCAAGCCAUUGUUCACAUUCAGAAAGCAUGACUUCGCUGGAUCGAGAUUCCGAGGCAAGAAGUGUGCUGAUAAUAAACACCGGCGGAACCAUAGGCAUGACUGCUCAUAAUAAUGUUCUGUCUCCAAAAGAAAAUGCUUUUGUCGAAUCUCUACGCCAACUUCCCGUUCUGCAUGAUGCGGAGUACGCACAAAGAUUGUAUGACGAGGCUCCAGGAAACACACUGGUGCUGCCACUGUCCAAACAGAACAAGAGGAUUGUAUACACAGUUUUAGAGUACUCUCCCCUCCUCGACUCCUGCAAUAUGACCACAGAUGACUGGAUCAAAAUUGGAAAAGACAUUGAGGAAAACUAUGAGAAAUAUGAUGGUUUUGUAAUCCUGCACGGCACAGACACAAUGGCUUACACUGCCUCUGCCUUAUCCUUCAUAUGUGAGAACCUGGGAAAACCUGUAAUCCUCACCGGCUCGCAGGUGCCCAUAUUUGAGCUGAGAAAUGAUGGGAGGGAAAACCUCUUGGGGGCACUGUUGAUAGCAGGACAGUUUGUUAUCCCUGAGGUUUGCCUCUAUUUUCAUUAUAAACUGUACAGAGGAAACCGUGUCACCAAAGUGGAUUGUGAAAGCUUUGAUGCAUUUUCCUCACCAAACCUGCUGCCAUUAGCCAAAGCUGAAGUCGACAUCAAAAUUAACUGGGAUAAUGUGUGGCAGAACAAUACAUCUGGCAAAUUCACUGUCAACAAACAGAUGGACCGUAAUGUGGGUCUCCUGCGACUCUUCCCAGGAAUUACUGCUGAAACAGUCAGUGCUUUCUUGAAGCCUCCUAUAAAUGGGAUCGUACUGGAGACGUACGGCAGUAACGCUCCUGAUAAGCAUGCUGACCUCCUGGAUAAAAUCCGUAAAGCGACCGAAAGAGGAGUCAUCAUAGUAAACUGCACCCAGUGCCUCAGGGGCUCGGUCACAACUUCAUAUGCCACCGGCCAGGCUCUGAGUGAUGCUGGUUUAGUCUCUGGGUGUGAUAUGACCCCGGAAGCUGCUCUUUCAAAACUUUCCUAUGUGCUGGCAAAACAAAACCUCAAUACAGAGGAAAAGAAGAAGAUGUUGAAGUGCAAUCUGCGUGGUGAGAUGCUUUCUGACCCAGGAGGAGCGAGACUUUCUCUCGAUGACAGUCGCUUUGUUCAGGUCAUCGGCAAGUCCUUCAGCAGUAGCUGUAAAGAGGAGCUUGAAGAUGCAAUAACGCCCAACCUGGCUUGUGCUUCUGCUAAGAUCGGAGACGUUAAGGCUUUAGAUUCCUUAUGGGCAAAGGGGGCUAACUUAAGCAAUGCAGAUUAUAGUGGCUGCACUCCUCUUCACGUCGCCGCAUGUGAGGGUCAUCUCGAAGUAGUGAAGUAUCUGCUGGAGAAAAGGGCCAAUGUCGACGCCAAAGAUCGCUUUGGAAAUACACCUCUUCAAAAUGCUGUUCACUUCAGGCAUGAGAAUGUUGUGAAACUGCUGACUAAGUAUGGAGCUCACUUUUCUGAAGAUGAUAUGGAGGCUGCUGGAACAGAGUUGUGCAGUCUUGCGGCAAGGGGAGACUUGGAAGGACUGAAGAUUUGGCAUUCAGCCGGGGUAAAUUGGAAAGUGGUCGGUUAUGAUGGACGGACGCCCAUUAAAGUGGCAAAAGCCACUAGACGUGAGGAUGUAGUUAACUUCUUAAAGCAAGCUCCGCUCCAAAACGAGCAUCAGACACAGAGUAGCGAGGCUAUACAAAUAUCUCAAACACGUAUUCAUGAAAACUGCUGCAAAGUGACUUGGAAUUGCUUGGCUUGUAAGUGAAACGGGAAUCGUCGUGAUAAAGACACGCCAGAAUGGCAGAUAUAUCAAGUCCUGCUUUCUGUCACUUCCUGCCAUUACUUGGAUAAACAUACUCUUAAAAGGCAAAGAGCUUAAGCCAUGCUUUUUAACGUCGUCCCUCCAAGCAGUCAACAAAAAAAAAAAAAAAAAGUUACUUGAAUGUAUAGUGUUGUUGACAGUAAAAUGCACGCCACUGAUGAAUAAUACAUACUACUCAUUUAUGCACAAGCAUAUUAUUCAGACUCUGAUAUAGUACAGGAGUCUUGCUAAUACAAUAUGAUAUGCCAUAAUUUCAAUGUGAAGUAUUUAUUGUAUCAGUCCAGAGUGAAUAUAGAUAUUUGAAACCGUUAGGACUACUAGCUGUUAUUCCUUCAUUGUAAUGUUGUUGUUGUUGUUGUUGUUUUUUUUUUUUUUUUUGUUUAGUUUUUUUCCCAUGUGUUUGCAUGCUGAAUCUGCUGCUACCUUUUUAAAGUGGAAUUCGAUGUUUAAAAAAAAAAACGCCAGCCGAUUAUCCUGUGAGUAACUAUAACACAACUGACAGUAAACCAAAAUGCAUAUUAAAGUAAAGGAACGUCUGUGUUGUUCCUUGUUCUUUAGUAAAUGGUGGUUGUUGUUGUUGUUCCUAUUAGUAAUUUUAAUAGUGUAACUUCCUCCAGCGCACACACAGACAC